CGUCCCCGAAAGAACGAAAAAUGGGAUAUCUUAUGAAUUCUUAUCACUUUCGUAAGCUCUUUCGAAAAGAAGUGAAAAAACUGGACACAGAUCAAGUGGAAAUGCCACCAAAGACGAGUAAAAAGGAUUCCACCAGGAAAAUGGCAAAAAGGAGCAAGGGCAAGACUGCAAAACCCAAAGGAAAAUUACAUUUAGAAGCAACAACUUCAAAAUUUCCGAAACCAAGGAUUACAAAGGAGAGAGCCCCAUCUGAAGCAAAGCAUUCAAUUUCACGGAAAGUGACCAGGCCUUCAGCUCAGGCAAUAAAGGAACUUAAUUUGCGGAGAAGUAGACGAAUUGCGAAUAAAACAAAGACCGAAUCAGCCACCAGGGAACUGCCAAAAAAAGAGAUGCGAAAACCCACUCGUAAGAGAGUAGAGUCAGAGAAACCUCAAAAACGUCUCGGUCUGCUGCCGCGUCUACCAUCAGAUUACAGAUUUUCGUCAGAUGAGUCAGUAAGUAAUAGAGUAAUUGAAAACCCGUUUCGAAAGAUUCCUUCCACUUCGGCACAGGAAAUCUUGGUUCCAGAAGCUCCAAAUUCGGGUACAGUUCCAGAAAAUUCCCCACCUGUGUCACCUGCUGAGUUGGUGGAAGCAAAUGAUCCUGAAGCAAGAAGGAUUGUUGACGGGAAUGCUGAUGUCAAGCUUGUUUAAUGUUCAACUAAUGUUUUCUUCUCGUUUGUAAACUUUAAGCUAUGAAAUUCUGACAUAAUUUUUUUCAAUAUCUUUUUAAAAGUACUUUUCAUAAAUACUCAAAAUUUUAGAUUUUAUAAGUAAAUUUUAAAAAUUUUCUGUUUGGCAAAA